GCCCUAAAAAGCACAUUGAAGACAUCUUUCUACCACGGUUAGACUCAAAUGAGGAAGAUCCUAGACUGAGAAGGCUUUUUAAAAAAAUAUUUUUGUUUUUAAAAUAACAGGAAAAAAAUCCCAAAAGCAACAAGACACAAAAAGACACAUUUUUAAAGAAAAAAAUACAUAACAAGUGCUUAAAACGAAGUGAAAACUUAUUCAUUUAUUUUUUUGAGCCCUAGUAGAGAAUGCUUAAGAAGUAAGCCGUAAGUAAGUAAGAAGGGGCCGGAAUAGCUCAGGCUGUUAAGAAGCCUGUUAUUAGAACACAGUAGCCUGCAAUUACUGCAGGUUCAAGCCCGGCCCAAGGUUGACUCAGCCUUCCAUCCUUUAUAAGGUAGGUAAAAUGAGGACCCAGAUUGUUGGGGGGGCAAUAAGUUGACUUUGUAAAAAAUAUUCAAAUAGAAUGAGACUAUUGCCUUAUACACUGUAUGCCGCCCUGAGUCUUCGGAGAAGGGCGGGAUAUAAAUGUAAACAAAACAAAACAAAAGUAACUCAUUGUCCAGAAUGCGGCUUAUUCUUUGCUAAUAUACCUGCUGCAUCAAAUAUUAAUCUGGGCCACAAGCACAAAUACUUAAGGCAAGGAAAAAACUUUCCAUAAAAAUAGUCAAAAUGGCUUCAACAACUUCAUUAAGACUUUGGGGGGUACAUACUACAUACUCUGUAUUUUAACCUUAUUCAUUCACUUACUGUAAUGGGAGUUGCAGGCUAGGUUAAACGUUUUAGAUUUCUCCCCCCCCAAAAAAAAAACCCCUCAUCCUUGUCCGUUUGUAAACUGAAUUAAUAUAUUAAUACAUUAAUACUGGCUUCGGAAUUCUGGGAAUUGAAGUCCACACAACUUUACAAGUUGCUGGGAUUGUGAAGCACUGGCGUAGAUCAAUUGCUGAGUUGCGUUGCAAGUUUUUAACAUUUUAAAAAAUACGUCAGGUUUAUUCUAAACACACUUAUCUGAGAACAAUAUUAUUGCAUGUCUAUGUAGCACUGAAGUCCAGGAAGUUCGGUGGAACUUAGCUGCUUGCAACUAAAUUUAUCUAGGACUGAAAGAAAUAACAUCCCACCGAUGUGUUCUUCCUGACCAAAUUACCAACCGCGAAGAACGCGCUAGGAGGAGUCAGUCCAAAGCGGAAGAAGGAAGACCAGGCUCAUCGCAAAGACGGGGCUGCAAAGACCCGAUCCUUGCCUUGCCUUGGCCCAGAAGUGCCGAGGUGUUAAUUAAUUUAGCUUGGGAGUCGCGGAGGCAGCAGGCGUGGCCUUGCUUGCGAGCAAAAUGUUACGAAUCUGCUUGAGUCACUGCUCGCGAAGGACUUCCAUUGUGACCUCCGAAAGUUGGCGGAAUCGGCGGGCGCGCUUUUCCGCCUCUGCUUGUCUCAUGGAGCCUCGCUUCAGCUUUUCUCCCGCCGACCACAGCCUCUUCGAUCAGCCGCUGGCCAUCUCGGUGGAAGGGCUCCGGCCCGAGCAGGAGAUCGGGCUCCGCGCGUCGCUGGAGGAUGAAAGGGGGGAGCGCUUCGAGUCGCACGCCUUCUACCGAGCAGACGGCGAGGGGCGCUUGGAUUUGCAGCGCUCGCCGGCGCUGGCCGGCGGGACCUUCUCGGGUUUGGAGCCGAUGGGGCUGCUGUGGUCGCUGCAGCCGCUAAAACCCUUCAGGCGCCUGGUGAAGCGCGACGUCGAGCGCCCCUUUCGCCUGGAGCUGGAGGUGUUGGAAAGGCUGGGAGCGUCUCUGCCUGGUCAUGUCCUGGCCAAGGGCUCCCACGAGCGGAGAUUUCUGGGCGAGGGGGUGAAGAGACUCCCGGUGCGGGAAGGGAGCAUCCGGGGCAUUCUUUUCCAGCCACCCGGUAAAGGCCCUUUUCCAGGUAUCAUUCAGUUACUUGGAACUGGGGGAGGGAUUCCAGAAAGUUCAGCAUGUCUGAUGGCCAAUCAUGGCUUUGCUGUAUUAGCUUUGGCCUAUUAUGGGUAUGAAGAUCUUCCUAAGGACAUGCCAGAAUUGCGUCUGGAGUACUUUGAAGAAGCUGUCAAUUAUAUGCUAAAACAUCCAACGGUUAAAGGUCCAGGAAUUGGGAUUUUGGGACAUUCCAAAGGGGGUGACCUCUGUAUCUCCAUGGCCUCGUUUUUAAAAGGCAUCACGGCAAUAGUCACAGUUAAUGGUUCUAUAGCCAAUGUAGCUACACCAAUACGCUACAAGGAUAUCACCAUUCCACCUCUUGGCAUUAAUGUAAAUCGAAUCAAAAUUGAUCAGAAUGGGAUCUAUGACAUUAUUGAUGUCCUGAACAACCCACUUGAGGGUCCUGACCGCCAAAGCUUAAUUCCAUUGGAGAAAGCUGAGGGACGCUUUCUUUUUAUAGUGGGAAUGGAUGAUCAUAAUUGGAAGAGUGAAUUUUUUGCCAAUGAAGCUUCCAAACGUUUACAAGCUCAUGGAAAAGACAAACCUGUAAUCAUUUGCUACCCUGAAACAGGUCAUUACAUUGAACCUCCUUAUACACCACUGUGCCCUGCUUCAGUCCACUUUUUGGUGGGCAAAACAGUGAUCUGGGGAGGGGAACCCAGAGCACAUGCAGCAGCGCAGGUGGAUGCUUGGAAGCAGAUUCAAGACUUCUUUCAUGAAAUUCUCAAUGACAGCAAGAGCAAAUUGUGAAUGAAUUAGUUAUGAGCUGGGUUUCAGCAUGAAUAUUUGCUAAGCUAAAUACUGGGAUGGGAGAAUAAUGCUGGGAAUGAAUGUGAAAUGAGGGCAAGAAGAAGGAAACAAAGGUGAUAAAUCCCAUUUGAACAUUGUUUAUCUAGUCUUCAAAUAUUGUUUCUACAUUCUGUAUUAAAAUCCUGAAGACUGGGAUCUGCAAGCAGGUAAGAGCACCAGAUGGUGGCCACAACAAUGUGAAUUUGAUUUAUUGGUUUACUUGAAUCUAUAUGGCCACCCCUUUUACCACAGUGACCUUGGGUUGUGAGCAGUUUAAAUGGAAACCACCCUAGAAAACCUUAAGACACAUAAUGCUAAAUAUAUAAUUCAAGUACAAACACUAGCGGAAAAGUCCUUGGAUCCGGGGGGGGUGGGGGGAGACCAUAUGCAGACAAUCAGGUUCAAAGCCCCAGCUCAUUCCAAGUGACAACUAAAUUUUUCAGCCAGAUUGCCCCAGACCUUCAAGAAUAAUCAGAAGCUCCCUUUGGAGCCCAACUGGGCUUAAAUGAGGAACAGCAUCAAGCACUGAGCGCACAUUCUCUGAGAGUGACCUGCCCCGGGACUCCGUUUCUGCCUGCAUUUGUCAAUGCGUUAAAGGUAGUUUUUUUUUUGUUGUUGUUUACAUUUAUACCCCGCCCUUCUCCGAAGACUCAGGGCGGCUUACAGUGUAUAAGGCAAUAGUCUCAUUCUAUUUGUAUAUUUUUACAAAGUCAACUUAUUGCCCCCCCAACAAUCUGGGUCCUCAUUUUACCUACCUUAUAAAGGAUAGUUCUCAACUUAUAAGCACAACUGAGACCAAAAUUUCUGUUGCAAGACCAUUGUUAAGUGAGUUUGCUCCAUUUUAUGACUUUUCAUGCCACAGUUAAGUGAAUCACUAGUUAAUAGCAUGGUUGAUAAGUGAAUCUUGGCUUUUCCAUUGACUGCUUGUUAGAAGGUUGCAAAAGAUCACAUGACCCCGGGAUAUUCCAAUUGUCAAAAAUAUAUGCAAGUUGCUAAGCUUCCAGAUGUGGAUUACAUGACCAUAGGAUUGCUGUGAGUGUCGUAAGUGUGAAAAUCCUAAGUCAGACAAUGUCGGCUGGCGACCCCCAGGGGGAGGGCCUUCUCUAUGGGGGCACCAACCCUCUGGAAUGAGCUACCACCGGGUAUUUGCCAAUUCCCUGAUCUCCGGACCUUUCGACGCGAGCUGAAAACAUUUCUGUUUCAUCGCGCAGGAUGGUUUUAAAUGGGGGUUUUAUUGGUUUUAAUUGGUCUAUCCAACUUUGCAUUUUUGCUUUUAAAUUGGUUUUAACUUUUAUAGUGACUGUUUUAUUUUGGCUGUAAACCGCCCUGAGUCCUUAGGGAGAAGGGCGGUAUAGAAAUUUAAAAAAUAAAUAAAUAAAUAAAUAAGUCACUUUUUGUAGUGUCAUUUGCAACUUCCAUCACUAAACGGAUGGUUAUAAGUGGAGGACUGCCUUUAAUCUUCCUGCUCACCCUGAACCUCUCCCCAAUAACAUACUAACCUCUCCAUCAGGCUGAUUUUCCCAAUCACCCACUUUUAUAUAUGUUGUGGGAGGUUCAGUCACAUGGUCAUGGACUUCACUUUGACUUGUUUUUGACAAAUACAGAUUUUACUCUUCCAAAUUAGGAAGAAAAAUUAUUUGUAGGUUCAAUUUCUUUAAAUGGAUGUGUAGGUUAACAAUUUGGCAAUUUUGUCUUUAACUUUUAAUGACUGCAGUUACUUUGAAUUUAUAUAAAACAACCUAAAAUAUUACUGGCAAAGAAAAUUAACUUUAAAAAAUGAAGUAAACAUAGUGAAAUAGGAAUGUGCCUUCUUCUCUCCAAGUUGUUUUUAGCACAAGAAAGAAUAACUAUAUGACUGAAGAGUUUGCUGUAUAAUAUUCAUCUGCAAAAAUAAUUAAAUUGCACUUCAGAAGAUAAUGUUCUGAAUGCGUUUGCUGCUUCUGUCAAAGGCCAACUGGAGAAAAGGACCAAUCAUUUCAUCUUUUUUUUAUUUAUUUAUUUAUUUAUUUAUUUAUUUAUUCAAAUUUGUAUACCGCCCUAUCUCCCGAAGGACUCAGGGCGGUUCACAGGCACAUAAAAAACAUUUAUAUAUAAUUAAAAUAACUAUUAAAAAACUUAUUCUAAUGCCAAAUAUUAAAAAUAUAAAUAUAAAUCUUAAAACCAAAUUUAAACCCCUGUGAAUUUAAAAAUCUAUAAAUUUAAAAUCUAAAUUUAAAAAUCUAAGCCAGUCCUGCGCAGAUGAAUAAAUGCGUCUUAAGCUCGCGACGGAAGGUUCGGAGGUCCGGAAGUUGACGGAGUCCUGGGGGGAGUUCGUUCCAGAGGGUGGGAGCCCCCACAGAGAAGGCCCUUCCCCUGGGCGUCGCCAGACGACACUGUCUAGCUGACGGCACCCUGAGGAGUCCCUCUCUGUGAGAGCGCACAGGUCGGUGAGAGGUAUUCGGUAGCAGUAGGCGGUCCCGUAGGUAACCCGGCCCUAUGCCAUGGAGCGCUUUAAAGGUGGUUACUAACACCUUGAAGCGCACCCGGAAGGCCACAGGUAGCCAGUGCAGUCUGCGCAGAUAGUAAAUAAAAAUUGAUAGUAUAAAUUAACUCAUCCUAAAUUAUACAACUUUUGUUAUGCAGAAUAAUCAAACUCCCUACUACUGAGUUAUGUCACUGGAGCAAGCUGUUAAUUUCUGGCUGCAGUCCAAUUUAGGAACUUUCCUAUUUUUCAACUUUGCUUUAAAUUUUUCUUACUUUGUUUUUAAAUUGUUCCUAUUUUUAUUCUUACAAAAUUUCAUUGCCUUUGUUGUUAAAAUUAACAAGAUAACAUGUGUGUUGCUGCCAAGUUAAAAUGAGUUUUAGAAGUUCAAGAAAUUCUAAAUUGGUAUUUACAGAUCCAAACAUGUGAUUCCUCGGAUAACACUUUUUUUUGCACUGUUGGUGAAAUGUUUCAAAUGAAAUAAAUUGCUAAUACUUGGUAAGACGUCUCCAGUACUGUAACUUUUUUUUGUAAAGAUUUUUUUAUUUUUUACAUUCGAACAACAUACAUUACAUCUUUUCUGAACAGAAUAUCAGCCAGGUAUAUGUUCAUACCAAAUUUAGUUCUUUUCCAACAUCUCUUACAUGCUUUCAUCACUAUAUUUUCUCUCAUUUUUAUUUUCCUUUUUACAUUUCUCUUUAUAAAUCUAAUCUUACCUUUCACCCCAAUUUUAAUCUUUUAUCAAAUUUUCCCUCUUUCCCUCCCUUUUUUCUACUCACAUUUAUAUUAAACCCUUAUAUUCCCAUUUAAUAAUUAUAUUCUUUUAUAUCUUCUACUUAUCCAACAUCAGUCAUAUAUUACAUUUCAAUGACAAUUCAUAAAUAGUUAACAUAAUAAAAAAAUAAAAUAAAAAACAGGAAAAAAACUCAGUUUUUCUUAAUAUUUCUAAAAUAUCAUUUUAGAUAACCUUCCAACCUAAUAACCUUCCAACAUUUACUGUUAACUUUUUUUGAAUUUUUUUGGUAUAUUUUUAAUACAAACAAACAUAAAAACGUCUUCAAUCCAGAUGCAGUGUGUCAGUAGGUUGAUUACAAAUCUUUUGUGCAAUUUCAACAUUUACAUAUCAUUAAUUUGUCUAAUCUUAAAUUGUGUCAAUCUAAUAUGGAUCCAAAUGUGUUAAUCAAAUGAUCCUUUAAUUAACUAUAGUAUUUCAUUCUCUCGUGUCAUAUAAAUUAUUCUAAAUUAAUAUUUUAUCUUAUUACAUCAUUCAUUCCAUCAUCUUAAGUCAAUUUCUAUUCUUCCGAGCAGGACUGGCUUAAAUAGGGUUUUUAAAUAUGGAUUUUAUUGGGGUUUAUUUUAUAUUUUGUAUUGUAUUUUAAAUUUUAGGCCAUAUUGAAUAAGUUUUUUAAAGAGUGUUUUUAUUGUAAUAUAUGGUAUUAUUUUAUCUGCCUGUUCACCGCCCUGAGUCCUUCGGGAGAAGGGCGGUAU